UGCCCCAUCCCUGAUCCCGGCAUUCCUGCCUGCUGUUGUCAGGACAGGCUGCAUGCCAUAUGGGAUGUAGCCAAGGUAGCAAACCACCCCGAGAAAGUUUUCCAGGGGUUGUAGAGAUCUUAGCUCUUGGGUAAACAAGUUUGGCUGCUGGUUGCUGACUCAGGAAUUUAUAGCGACCUGGACUCUGUGUGACAGAUUGUUCUUUGUCAAAUUUGUUAUGGUUUGCUGUCAUGAUGGAUGCAAUCAGUUCAAGACUUAUGAUUCUUACUGGAGCUUUCAUCCAAAAUGGGAACGGAGGGAGCGGCAGUGUUAUCAAACUGGGUUCCUCCCGACUCAUCGAUAUGGACAAUCCACCCAACUCUCGCAUCUUCAUCGUCUGCAGUAAGAAUCACACGGAAGCUGAGCUCAAGUAUGCCUUCGAGAAGUUCGGAGACAUGGAAGACAUCUGGCUGGUGAAGGAUAAGACAGACAGUCCCCAGACUGUGUACAUCUGGGCUGCAUAUGGAGGGUUUGGGGUGACCCACUUUCCCCAUGUCAAACCAGGGGUGAUUGCCCUGAUGUGGCUGGACACCCCCACAGCACCCAUCAACAUACAGGCAUGA